UUAAAUGAUGAUGGAAGUGUAUGCAUCCACUUACGAGCGCUAUCUCGUAGGAUACAAAUUGACUCUCAACAGAAACAGUAAUUCAGAAGCGACAGAGUUGAAAAGUGAAGAGAAGUCAGAAGAUAAUGUGAUUUGUACGAAGCUGGAGUUGCAAUUCCGAAUACACUCGGCAGCUAGUAGUCUGCGCUGUGUAUCGACCAAUGGGAGUGUUUUGGCCUGUGGCAGUUCAGAUGAGGCCAUCUAUCUCUAUGACGUCACGAGUAGACGAGAGUUGGGACCUGUGAGGUUUCACUCGGCAACUGUUAACUGCAUCGACUUCUUCCAAAAGAGACUAAUGGUAUCGGGAGCUGAAGAUGGAAGUGUUUGUGUGUGGGACUGCAGCGGACUCACUUUCUCACUACUCAAACAGUUCCGUCUGAAGAAAGCAGUGUUGUCUGUAUCAGUGGAACCCACAAGUGGAAGAGUGGCACUCACUACAGACGCAGGAGGAUAUGUGAAAGUGUGGGACCUGUGCUCGUGUGUGCUAGCAUACAGUAUGCCUGUCAAAUGGAAACCACACACAGUUUUAUGGCCUCCUCUGCUCAAAUCAAAGUCAAGUUCAGGCAAUAAUGAGACAGAGUCUAAAAUAGACAGAUUUGCAAUACUCGGAGAUAAAAUUCUGGAUGUUAAGAGUCUCAAUGAUGGACAGACCAUAGCAUCUUUCAAAAUAGACAAUUGCGGUUUAUUGACUUGUGCCAAGUUCGUGACUGAUAAGCUGCUAGUUGUCUCAACUGAUGCGGGACAUUUGAUACUUGUCAGCUUAGAAGACAACAAGACAAUCGAACUGAGAAAUGCACACAACUCGCGCAUUAAAGGUUUAUCAGUACAACCCAACGAUGAACAAUUAAAUAAAUUUACUGUUUUCAGCGGAAGCUCAGAUGGCUUCAUCAAAGUGUGGACUUCAGAUGUUGCCAAAGAGCCUUUAGAUCUUUGUUUUGUUACUUUGGUUAAUGUCAAAUGCAGAAUUACUUCUUUGACAUCUGCGUCAAUACAAGAGUAAUAAAAAAACAUUUUGUUUUGUCUCAAUUAAUUCGAGUAU